AUGGCAGAAUCCGUAGCCCGUCCAUCAGUUUUAAAUGCUGCUGAUGAUGAUAUCAAGAAGCUUUUAGCUGCCGACUGCCAUAUCGGCUCCAAGAACUUGGAAGUCCGUAUGGAACCUUAUGUUUGGAAGCGUCGUACUGACGGUAUCCAUAUUCUCAACUUGGGCAAGACAUGGGAGAAGCUUGUUCUUGCUGCUCGUAUCAUUGCUACCAUCGAGAACCCUGCUGAUGUUUGUGUUGUUUCUACCCGUGCUUACGGUCACCGUGCAGUUUUGAAGUUUGCUGCCCACACUGGUGCUACUGCCAUUGCUGGCCGUUUCACUCCCGGUAACUUCACUAACUAUAUCACCCGUACUUACCGUGAGCCCCGCUUGAUUAUCGUUACUGAUCCUCGUGCUGAUGCUCAAGCUAUCAGAGAAGCUUCUUUCGUCAACAUCCCUGUCAUUGCUCUUACCGACACUGACUCUUGCUUGAACCAUGUUGAUGUUGCUAUCCCUACCAACAACAAAGGUUACAAGGCCAUUGGUUUGAACUGGUACUUUUUGGCUCGUGAAGUCCUUCGUCUCCGUGGUAGCAUCUCCCGUACCACUCCUUGGGAGGUCAUGCCCGAUCUCUACUUCUAUCGUGAUCCCGAGGAAGUUGAGCGUGAGGAGGAAGCCAAGGCUGCCGCUGCCACUGCUGCUGACGAAGAAGCUCAAUUGGCUGCUCAAACUGCUGCCGCUGAAUUUGAGGUCAAUGACAGCGCUACCGGAACUGUCGAUCCCACCGUUUUGGAUAAUGCUACCGCAGGCCAAGUUGGUCAAACCACUUGGGAAGGUGAUGCUGAAUGGAAUACCACUGGUGCUGCUCCCUCUGAAUGGGCAUAA